UUUGUUUACAUUUGAAAUUACUAUAAAUUGUAGGAUAACCCGAUACUAUUCCUGUGUCCGUGCCUGCCGUCUUUUACCAAGUCAUUCCUUUAUUUUAUUCCAUCAAAAAGCAAGUAACGGUUUAUAUCCAUGGGUAACGACAUAUGUUGUGUAAAAAGGAUACCUCAAAAAUUGAAAUCCAUUAAGUUCAAAAACCCUUUCAAGCAUAAGCCAUCUUUCGCUUCUAAAGAUGCAACAGUGAAGACGGCUGAUCUUCCCGAAAAGGCUGUUGUAGCCCACUUUAUGAUGGGUUUGACAAGCACUUAUCAACAAGCUGACUUUGAAUGGGAUAUCAAUAAUGCUGUGGGUUACGGGUUUGACGGAUUCGCUUUGAACUUUGGCAAUGAUAGUUGGAUGAUGGAAAAGCUUCAGCUAGUAUAUAAUGCUGCCGAUGCAGUAAAUAAGGAUUUCAAACUGUAUCUGAAUGUGGACAUGGCAGCAAUGGGUAAUGUUCCCGCUAGUGUUGUGACAAAUUAUGUCAAAACUUUUGCCUAUAGAAAUCACCAAGCUACUAUCGAUGGUAAAGUAUUGGUCGGAACAUUUGCCGGUGAAACAAAUACUUUCGGACAGGCCAAUGCUAACGACGGUUGGCAAACGCAAGUCAAGGAUGCUUUAGCGUCCUCUGGGAUCAAUAUCUUUUUCUUACCUUCUUGGGCCCUCGAUGCUAAUAAUAUCUAUGAGACUCAUCCCGUCGCUGAUGGAUUUCUCAAAUGGAACAGUUGGCCUUACUACACUGGAACACCCCUGUCUGAUUCCGAAGACCAAGUCUAUUUGCAGCAUGCCAGAUCCUCAAAUAAGAAAUAUAUGGGAGGUGUAAGUCCUUGUAUGUUCACCCACUUUACCUCGAAGAAUUUUGUAUUUUUCUACGAAGGUUUGUGGUAUAGUAGAUGGAUGCAAAUGAUUAAACUUCAACCGGAUUACCUUCAAGUCAUUACUUGGAAUGACUAUGGCGAAAGCCAUUACAUUGGUCCUACAAACAACAAUGCAGCAUUCCCUGUAGAUGGUUCCAAUGCUCACGAUUGGGUUGAUGCGUUCACUCAUGUUCCAUUGGCAUCGACUUUGCCAUACUUUAUUCAAAUGUACAAGCAAGGAACAACGGGUCUUCCAUCCAACUUUCACGGCCCCUCAACGCUUUUCUUUACUUACCGCGUCCAUUCUAAGAAUGCUAAAGCGACUGGAGAUCCAAUUGGAGAACCUCAAAACAGUCAGAACUCUAGAGAUGAAAUUGACGUGAUUGCCUUUUCAAGUUCUAGUUUCACUGUUAAGGUGUCUAUAAAUGGUACUGUAUUGGGUAGCGCUAAUAUGCAAGCUGGUGUUACGGCGAACAGUUUCAGCUUUGUACAAAACAAUGCGGCUGUUGCUGGCGUUCCUCUCUUCCAAAUUUUUAAUGGCACGAGCGAGGUGUCACAAGCUUCUGGUCCACUUGCUAUAUUGGCAGAUAACCAGGUUACUCAAUACAACUUCAAUUUUUGUGCUGGUGCUGUAUAUUGGUGACGGUUAGAAGUUGUAGUUUAACAAGGUGAAAUGACCCAGGAUAUGAAGGAUGAAAAGAAUACUUGCUUUUGAUGGCUUUAUUUGUCAAUAAAGGAAUGCACUUUGGUUUUUUUGCCAAGUAAAAAGGCCAAUUUUUACCGAUUACGGUUUUUCUAAAUUAGAUUAGUUAUUCUAAUUUAUGUUUAUAAAACAAAAAUUACUCUGAGGGA